AUGGAGGUGCACACGGCAUCGAAUGGCGAGUGCCACGAGUGGCUCGACUCGCUCUCGGCGCCGAAUGCAGCGUGCAUUCGGCGGCUCAUCGCCACGCCUGCUGCGCCGAGCUUCCAGCAUGUGCCCACGCGCAAGCAAGCAGCAGUGGCGGCGCUGCUGUACCAAGAGGCCUCGAGUGGCGAGUUGCGCGUCAUCAUGACCACGCGUGCACUCCAUCUGCGCUCGCAUCCGGGCCAAGCGUCUCUACCCGGUGGAAAAGUGGACUCGUCCGAUGCGGAUGUGGUGGUGACGGCGCUGCGCGAGUCGGUGGAAGAGAUUGCGCUCCCCUCGCGCUCGGCGAUGCACGUGCACACGGGCUACCCGUUCCUGAGCAAGCUCGGCCUGCUGGUUCAUCCAGUCGUCUUCCUCGUGCGCAAUCCCACCAAGGUGCUCAAGGGCCUCAGAGCGUCUCCGGAUGAAGUGUCGGAUAUCUGGUCCACGCCGCUACGGGCUUUUCUGUCGUCGACCGCGCUAGAGGGGAUGGAGCUAUCGGACCCACGCAGUGUGGACAAACACCGCCCACCACAGGAGGCAUUCAGGACGUAUACGGAUGUGCCCUGGUUGGGCGCCGUGUACAGGCUGCAUAGGUUCAGGAGCUCGCAUCAGCUGGUCAAGGGUCUGACGGCCGACGUGCUCAUCAGUGUGGCGCACACGGCGUACGGCGUAGAACCGAGGUACGCCAUCAGGGCCGAGGGGCAGAUGAGCUGGGAAAGCAUGGUCGAGAUGGUCGUCAAGCGGUACAUGGGCCCCCAGCGUGCCGAACAGAGGUGGGGCGACGGAGAGUCGGGCGAUGCCCAGGGAAGCUCCGAGGCCUUCGAAACACAUAUUGGCCACGACGACCUCGUCGACACCUAA